AUGCCGCUGAUUCUGCAUUCUGCUUUUUUCCCUUUUAGGAUAAAUGCUGUUUCAAAUGGCCAAGUGAGAGGAGACAGCUACAGCGAAGGCUGCAUGGGACAGACAGGUGCUCGAGUGUGGCUCUUUAUCGGCUUCAUGCUGGCUUUUGGCUCCCUCAUCGCCUCCAUGUGGAUUCUCUUUGGAGGAUUUGUAGUGCCCCAGAAGCCCACUGUGUACCCUGGAAUUGCUGUUUUCUUCCAAAAUGCGUUCAUUUUCUUCGGGGGUUUGGUGUUCAAGUUUGGUCGUACAGAGGAUCUCUGGCAGUAAUGAACUCUGCGUGUCUCUUCAUGUCCACAGUUAUACACUCUGCUUUCUAUACUGUAUGAGACUGUAUGCUUCAGUGGGUAUUCACUUUAUAUAUAAACUAUUUCCUUUUUUUUUUUUUAGCCUUCAGAUUAACAUGUUUAAUUUAUCUGGUUUGCUGUAUAAAAGCUAAAUCAUAGUUAAGCACAAAUCUUCAUAGAUUUCUUUAAAGUUUGAAUAUUUUCAAAUGUGGCGUGUCUAUUUGCAAUCGGACUCUGUAGCCAUGUUGUUAAAAUGGUUUACUUAUGCAUAAACAAAAUUGUGUAUUUUGGGAGCUUCAAGACACUAAACUGUCUCCAUCUCCUUUGUUUUAUGGCAUCCCCUAAUUUGGCCUGCCUGCCAAGCGCACAUUCCAUAAGUGGUUAUGGUACAAAAUAUUAACUGACGGAUUUUUCGUAGAUGUGUACACAUACAUGUUUCAUUGAAUGUAACCAUGUGGGGUUGUUUGUAAUUUUCCAGGAAUAACACUAUAUCAGCUCUGAAAGUUUGCAGCAAUCCAGAUUUAUUGAGUUUCAGUUAGCCUCUGGCAGACAGAGGUUUCACAUCUGUAGGGUGUCCUCUCAGUGCUGCGACUUUGUAUUUGAAUGCAACAUCUGUCCAUUCAGCUUGUGUAACACCCAGAGCAUCAGGGUAGUGUUUCACAGCCAUGGCAGCAAUAAAAACAUACUGAGCAGUAAA